AUGGGUCACGUGGGCUACACUCCUGCUCAUCUGACACAAGCGCGUCCCGAACCUCCGAGCGCUAGUUAUCCAGGCCGCCAUAUAUAUAGGAGACUAUUCGCAUUUGGUGGCUCCUCCCAUUCCUCUCUCGCCAUGGGCAUACAAACCAAACACUUCUUCAACAAUCCUUCUCAUCUUGUUCUCGAGUCCCUUCAGGGCUUGUGUGUGAUCAACCCAAGUGUUGCGCUCGACACCACCAACAAAGGUGCGUCACCAUCCGUGUAUUGGGGGCCCAAGUCUCACUGUAGAGGAGUUCGCCUGUAG